AUGUCUUCGCGAAGACGAAGAGUUCUCGGGGCGAAACCCUACCGAAAUUAUAGUGAGGACACUUUGAAAGCUGCUAUGGCAGCAUUUGACACUGGCAUGACUUUGAGGGAAGCGGAAGAAAAAUUUAAAAUACCUCGAGCAACUUUAAAUAGAAAACACCGAAGGCUACAAUUAAAGAAAGUCGGCCGUCCUAAAGUUUUCAGUGAAGCUCUGGAGGAAGUCUUUGUGCAAUCAAUCAUUACAGCUGCUGCUUGGGGAUAUCCACUAUCAGGUUUAGACCUAUCUUUACUCGUGAAAUCACAUCUAGAUAGACUAGGUCUAAAUGAGACACGUUUCAAAGGUAACUUACCGGGACGAUAUUGGCUGGAAGGUUUUCUACGGCGCCAUAAAAGCACUUUAUCUGUAAGGCUCUCAGAAAAUAUUAAACGCCAAAGAGCUGGAGUUACGCAGGAGACAUUAAAAUCAUACUUCCAAGAAUUAAAAACCACCUUGGAGGAUGUAGAUCCGGCCGCAAUAGUAAAUUUUGACGAGACUAAUAUGUCUGAUGACCCGGGACGCCAGAAAGUGUUGGUACGCCGAGGUCUCAAGCAUGCUCAUAAAAUCAUUGACUUAUCAAAAUCAAGUACCUCCGUAAUGUUUGCUGGGACAGCGUCAGCUGUUCUGCUUCCACCGUACGUCGUUUAUAAAGCGGAACAUUUAUAUAAUACUUGGACGGAAGGAGGACCUCCAAAUACAGUUUACAACCGAUCUCGGAGUGGAUGGUUUGACACUACAUUAUUUGAGGAUUGGUUUUUGAAGGUCAUUAUUCCUUAUGUUGAAUCGUUUAAUGGCAGAGGACCCGUGGUUAUAACUGGUGACAAUCUGAGUAGUCAUUUUUCAUUAGAUGUGAUACAAAAGUGUACUGACUAUAAUAUUAAAUUUCUUUGUUUACCGGCAAAUAGUACGGGGUUGUGCCAACCCCUCGAUGUAGCAGUGUUUCGACCAUUAAAAAUAAAAUGGAGGUCUGUUCUGCUGUCUUGGAAGGAAAAAAAUAGAGGAGUAAUGCCGAAGCAUGUUUUUCCGAGGCUUUUGAAGCAAACUCUGGAUAAUAUAGAAAAUAUGGGAAAAAAUUUGAAGUCCGGAUUUGAAGCAGCUGGGAUAUAUCCAAUUAAUGAAAAAAGAGUCUUAGAUAGAUUGCCUACACAGGAAGAUCCAGAAAUCCAUAAUAAUGCAUCUCAGCAAUGGUUACAAACGUUUAAAAUGUAUCUCGAAGAUAUGCGAACAAAAGAAUGCAGCACAGCCCCGAAGAAAAAGAAAGUGGCAAUUAUUCCAGGUAAAGGUGUAACAGUGGAGGACUUAUCCGAAUCAUUAAAGACUAAGACGAAACGUAAUAAAACGAAAAAACAAAAAAAAGAUCGUCGAUGA